AUGGAUGUGAAUGCUUACAUGCGGACUUGUCCUCCGUUCCUCCGCCGUAGCCAAUCAGAGCAGCUCCUCUCCGGGCCUGUGCCAUUUCUUGCUCCGUUACUAGUAGGAGUACUUCCAUUCCUCAUCCCACUCAGCUUCAACCAACAGCAGCAACCCAUGCCCCGCCGGGUGAUUGCGUCAGGACGGUCCUGUCUUGAGUGCCGCCGGCGCAAGAUCAAAUGCGACCGAUCCUUGCCCUGUGCAUACUGCGUCCGGACGCAUGUUCACUGCACAUACCCUCAGCCCAAAAAUGGUGGAAAUGCGAAUCAUUCUGUGGGCGGUGACCUUAUGACACGGGUGGAAAGCAUUGAAAGCAAGUUUCAGUCCCUCGAACAAAGUCUCGCCCAGAUCAAACAACUCCUGCAUAUGAAUCCUUCAUUGUCCGGUCAGGAAAAUGAUCCCUCGAGGCCUGAAAUCGAACAAGAUCGAUGUAGCUCCGGCUGGGCUGGUGCUUCCCAUCCUACUUCACCCAACGAUGGGCAACUUUGGCAGUCUUUUCCUCUAAGGCCGGUCCCUUCACCAACGCUAGAAACCCUUCAUCCUUCUCCAUCUGUAAUCGCAUUCAUCUGGCAGACCUACCUGGAUGUGGUAGAUCCCGUGCUAAAAGUUUUCCAUGCCCCAACCGUGCAACGGCAGGUUAUGAGUGUCAUUCGAGGCCGAUCUAACCUCGAUGCUCCCACAGAAUGCUUGAUCUUUGCAAUUUAUUACUCUACCAUAGUGACCAUGUCGGCGGCAGAGUGUCGUGAGGAGCUUGACGAGGACAAAGCCGUAUUACUGAAGCGGUAUCGAAUGGGAGUCGAGCAGGCCCUUUCGCGCGCGAACUUCCUCGGGUCUCUGGAUUUGACGGUCCUGCAGGCAUUUGCUCUCUAUCUGAUCUGCGGCAGAAAGGACGAGAAUGGACCCAACGUAUGCACGCUUAUAGGCGUUGCCAUUGGAACUGCCAUGAAGAUUGGUCUCCAUUACGACGGAGCUGGUCUAGGUCUAUCUCCUUUCGAGGUGGAAAUGCGUCGCCGGCUCUGGUGGCAGAUCUGCACUUUGGAUGUCCGGACGGCCGAGGACCAUGGCUCUGAACCAACGAUCGUCGAAUCAGCCUUCAAUACCAAAUUGCCGUUGAAUAUCAACGACACCAGCCUGGAACCCAACAUGAGCGAACUGCCUCAAGGUCAAUCUGGAAGAACCGAGAUGACCUUUACGCUGGUCCGGUUUGAAGGGAGCCAUUUUGCGCGAAGAGUGACAUUUUCAGACAAAUUCUGUUGCAUUAACUCAUACCCAGUCUUGAGCGAGGCGCAGAAGUGUGAGGCAAUAGAGCAAUUCAAGGAGCGUAUAGAGAAACAAUAUUUGUCGUAUUGCGACAAAGAAGUUCCACUUGACUUUAUCACCGCUGCCUCCACUCGUCUGAUCUUGGUAAAAUUAAAAUUGGCAGUAUGCAGGCUACGGAGGGAUCAGGCUCCGGGCAUGCUUGUGCAAAAAAAUUACUGGAGGACUUGCGAGGAAGUCCUACAGCACGCCCAAAUGCUCCGAAAUUACGAGAAAGGCAAAAGAUGGCUCUGGCUUUUUCAGACCUAUGUCGAAUGGGAUUCACUGGCUUAUCUCCUGCUCCAUCUCUGUAUUGCGCCUCCGGAGGAGCAGUCUGAUGCGGUGUGGAAAACUGUCGACGAGAUCUACCGCCACUGGAAAAGUGCAUCAGAUAUCUAUCGUGAUCGCCGCUGGAGACUUAUUGAGAAACUUCGAUUCCAAGCUUUCGCCGCACGAGGUAGAAAGCAGACAAUCCCUCAAUUGCCACGGGCGACGCAACCGGAUCAUAUCACAGCACCUGUACGAUAUGAUCUUGGACCUGCGAUCGAGCUAUACAAAGGCUCGUCCGCCAGAGCCCAGCGGACAACAAAUACCGGGGUUAACCAGCCAUCUAACGCGGAAGCUGCUGCUCACGCACACCUACCACCCGUGACAGGGGUUCGGACAACAGAGUCCAAUCCUAGCUCUGAGCAACCCUUCCCUAUGGGGACGCUUGUCAACUCGACAAUUCAACCCGUGGAAGAGGCAAUCUCGAGUGCUGCUGAAUUGCCGAGUGGGGGCACUAGCUGCGAGUGGAGUGCAGCCCUAUUCGGAACGUUUUGGGAUCUCACCGGAUCUGGACAAGGUGCCUCUGCAUCAUGGCUGUAG